AUGUCAAUCUUCGUUGUGUUGUCAAAAAGCCGCCAAAAGAGCUAUGCUGACCAGAGGCGAAAGCCUUUGGAAUUCGAAGAAGGAGAACAUGUCUUUCUGAAGGUUACACUAACCACUGGGGUAGGAAGAGCUAUUAAGACUAAGAAACUGAAUUUCCGUGAUAUUGGACCGUUUGAGAUCCUGAAGAGAAUUGGGCCAGUGGCUUAUAGAAUUGCCUUACCACCGUAUCUUUCGAAUUUGCACAAUGUGUUCCAUGUGUCACAGCUUAGGAAGUACACUCCUGAUGCAAGUCAUGUUCUGGAACCAGAACCAAUCCAAGUGAGAGAAGAUCUAACACUUCCAGUAAUUCCAGUGAGAAUCGAUGAUACUAAUAUUAAACGAUUACGCAGAAAGGAAGUAUCAUUGGUAAAAGUAGCUUGGAGUCAAGCUGGUAUCGAGGAACAUACAUGGGAGCUCGAAUCAAAUAUGCAAAAGGAUUGUCCACAUCUCUUUUCAGGUAACUAG